AUCAUGUUCAGCUCAAAUUCAACACUAGCCCUCGAACGAAAAACUCGUUUGUUUAUCAAGACUGCAUUGGAAUUUCUUUCUUUGGGUGAUUUUUUCCUCAUAGGAUGUUUUAGAUAGUACUUUUACUAUCAUUAAGAAUAACGAUGGAGAAGAGGACAUUGGUUAGCCUUCCACUUUAUAAACUGUGAUUUCAACUUUUGACCUUCUGUUCGGCAGUUUCUUUAGAACUCUAUAAGUAUAACCAAAACACGUUCAGGAAUUUACAUCAGCCACUAGAUUCGGAGAGAAGUAAAUAACAAUCAUUUUCAGUAUCUUAGCGAUAACAUUUUCCACUGAGAGAUUUGUCUAUUUAACUUUUUGUCCAGAUAGCUAACGGCAAAGAUCACUUUGCUGACCUAUUUAUACCGACGAAACCAGAGCAAAUAAACCUUUUUAAGAAAACACGUGCUUCUUUAAAAAGGAGGGUACACGUUGAUCUCUCAGUAGAGAUGGUUAUUGAUAAAUACAACUGAAGAAUUGUUUGUAAGUGUUUCUCCGUGUCAAUGUUGAAAAUGACUGCAUCGAAUUCCAGCACUUCUGGCGAGAGUAACUCCUCUACAUAUAUUUGGGAAUCUGCAGUACCGCCUAUUCUGCAAUUUGCUUUUGGUGUCAUAGGAAAUGCAAUCGCACUUGUAGUUCUGAUUUUGUCUUCCAAAAACCACCAAUGGCGACCAUUUUACAGACUUGUUUUUGGAUUGGCCAUAACUGAUGGAGGUGGCAUACUUCUGGUUUAUCCUACAGUAAUGAUUCGAUAUGCUUCAAACUUUACAUAUGACUUUCCCGUACAGCUCUGUAAUUAUAGUUCGUUUAUAUACACAUUUACGUUGAUAUCAUCCGCAAUGAUUAUUUGUGCAAUGUCCUUUGACCGUUUCUUCGCGAUUCUCCAUCCUUUUCUAUACAACUCUGGGAACAAAGGUCGCCGAACAAACUGCAUUCUAGCAUUGAUCUGGUUUAUUGGACUUAUUCUUUCCACCUUACAUCUCAUGGGUCUGGGCUCAUCGUACAAUUACUACCCCAAGUCAUGGUGCUUCCUCAACUUUGUGGGAGGAACAACUAAAGACCGCAUCAAUUCUUUCAUUUAUUCCAUCUUUGGAUUGCUCGUUCUGGUUUGCACGAUCUCGUUAAACAUAUCUGUGAUCGUAACUGUGUGUAGAAACAUAAGACUGGAGAAUAACUUGUCGUCAAGACGACGUGUUAGAAGUGAUGUGUACAUCAUCCUGUUCCUAAUGGUCAUCGUAGUCGUUUUCACCACUUGCUGGGCUCCACUAAUGGCUGUGAUUUUCGCACAUGCUUCAUCCUUGAUGGAGGCAUCAGCGAAGGGAGGCGAUGGUAAACUAGAACUUCUUGUCCUGAGGUUCGCUGUGACGAACUCCAUCAUCGAUCCCUGGAUCUACAUUUUGCUGCGGAAGGAGACACUGCUGGGGCUGAGGAAACUGAAGCGUGGAUUGGGACGCAGACUUAAUAUCGUUAGUGAAUCCCUCCAUGACAACAGCGUAGGUAGACAUUCAGAGAGAGAGCGGCGCAGCGAGAGAGACCGGCGGAUCUGCCAGACGAAAGUCACAGAGACCGGUUCUACAGUUACAGUGAGGAGUAGUGACGCUUUGGAACCAUGGAGAAACAAUACAGUGUGAAAAGACAUAUACUUGUACUAAAUAUACCGGUACUGGUAUAUUAGAUUCGAUACUUACAUCACCAUCUUAUAAU